GGUUUCCGGUGCUGCGUAGUUUCCGGAGCGGAUCGCAACCUGGAGUCCGGAUCCGAUCCCGGUCUGCACAUUCCAAAGGUUUCAGAAAUGGCUGAAGAUGGCAGUGAUGAAACUAUGUUUAUUUGGUGUGAAGACUGUGGUCAGUACCAUGAUUCAGAAUGUCCAGAGCUGGGCCCAGUGGUGAUGGUAAAAGACUCUUUUGUAUUGAGCAGGGCAAGGUCAUCUCUUCCUUCCAACUUAGAGAUCAAACAAUUAGGAGAUGGAACUGAAGGAGUAUUUGCAAUAACCCAGUUGGUCAAACGAACACAAUUUGGUCCAUUUGAAUCCAGGAGAGUUGCCAAAUGGGAAAAGGAAUCUGCUUUCCCACUGAAGGUUUUCCAGAAGGAUGGACACUCAAUUUGUUUUGAUACAUCCAAUGAGGAUGACUGCAACUGGAUGAUGAUGGUGAGACCAGCAGUAGAAUAUGAACAUCAGAACUUGACUGCCUUUCAGCAUGACAAUGACAUUUACUUCACUACCUCCCGGGACAUUCCUCCAGGCACCGAGUUGCGAGUGUGGUAUGCAGCUUUUUAUGCCAAAAAAAUGGAGAAGCCAGUGCUGAAGCAGGUCUCCAAUAUUGUGCAUGAACAUGUAUUGAGUCAUCUGGAACAAAUCAAAGGUAUGCCUCCAACUGGCCAUAAUGAAAUAACUCCAGAUAAAGAAAUAGAGGUACUUCCUAAGGAUACACCUGUUGUUUGUGAAAGUGGCAGUGCCAACAGAGAACCAAAGAAAAAGCCCCGAAGAGGUAAAAAAUCCAAAACUUCAAAAGGUGAACAACCUCUUGUUAUCAUUGAAGAGAAGGAACCAGCAGUGGAUCAAGUGGCAGAAAUUAUAACAGAAAUCCCACCUGAUGAAGACCUUAACUCAACUACUGAUGAGCGAAUUAUGGAGCUUGUUUUGGGAAAGCUACCCAGUACUACAAAAGAUAUCAGUUCAGUUCCAAAGUUUACCCAUCAUCAGAAUACUAUAUCCCUCAAGAGGAGUUUAAUUCUUUCUAGCAGACAUGGUAUAAGAAGAAAGCUAAUCAAACAGCUUGGGGAGCACAAACGGGUCUAUCAGUGCAAUAUUUGUAGUAAAAUUUUUCAGAACAGUAGCAACCUCAGUAGACACAUCCGUUCACAUGGUGAUAAGCUGUUUAAAUGUGAAGAAUGUGCAAAAUUGUUUAGCCGAAAAGAAAGCCUAAAGCAGCAUGUUUCAUAUAAGCACAGCAGAAAUGAGAUUGAUAGUGAAUACAGAUAUAGGUGUGGAACUUGUGAGAAGUCCUUUCGAAUAGAGAGUGCACUGGAAUUUCACAACUGUAGAACGGAUGAGAAGACAUUCCAAUGUGAGAUGUGUUUCAGAUUCUUUUCUACCAAUAGUAACCUCUCCAAACAUAAGAAGAAGCAUGGUGAUAAGAAAUUUUCUUGUGAGGUAUGCAAUAAAAUGUUCUACCGGAAGGAUGUCAUGCUGGAUCACCAAAGGAGACACUUGGAAGGAGUCAGGCGUGUGAAGAGAGAAGAGUUUGAAACCAGUGGAGAGAGUGUGGUCCGAUAUAAGAAGGAGCCCUCAGGAUGCCCUGUAUGUGGAAAGGUAUUUUCAUGUAGAAGUAAUAUGAAUAAACAUCUCUUGACCCAUGGAGAUAAGAAGUAUACUUGUGAGAUCUGUGGACGCAAAUUCUUCCGGGUAGAUGUGCUUAGGGAUCAUAUUCAUGUUCAUUUUAAGGACAUUGCAUUAAUGGAUGACCACCAGAGGGAAGAAUUCAUUGGUAAAAUUGGUAUCUCAUCAGAAGAAAAUGACAACUCUGAUGAAAGCGCCGACUCAGAGCCUCACAAGUACAGCUGCAAACGGUGCCAGCUAACAUUUGGCAGAGGAAAAGAGUACCUCAAGCACAUCAUGGAGGUCCACAAGGAGAAAGGCUAUGGCUGCAGCAUCUGCAACAGACGAUUUGCCCUUAAAGCAACUUAUCACGCACACAUGGUUAUUCACCGUGAGAACCUGCCUGACCCCAACGUACAGAAGUACAUUCAUCCAUGUGAAAUUUGUGGAAGGAUCUUUAAUAGCAUAGGAAAUUUGGAACGACAUAAGCUCAUUCACACAGGUGUAAAAAGUCAUGCAUGUGAGCAAUGUGGUAAAUCCUUUGCCAGAAAAGAUAUGCUUAAAGAACACAUGAGAGUACAUGAUAACAUCAGGGAAUACUUAUGUGCAGAAUGUGGAAAAGGUAUGAAAACCAAACAUGCUCUUCGUCACCAUAUGAAACUCCAUAAAGGUAUCAAGGAAUAUGAAUGCAAGGAGUGCCAUAGGAAAUUUGCUCAAAAGGUCAACAUGUUGAAACACUACAAAAGACAUACAGGGAUCAAAGACUUCAUGUGUGAAUUGUGUGGAAAGACUUUUAGUGAGAGAAACACAAUGGAGACCCAUAAACUUAUUCACACAGUGGGAAAACAAUGGACCUGCUCAGUAUGUGACAAAAAGUAUGUCACAGAGUACAUGCUUCAAAAGCACAUUCAGCUAACUCAUGAUAAAGUAGAAGCUCAGAGUUGUCAGCUAUGUGGAACAAAAGUUUCAACCAGGGCUUCAAUGAGUCGGCACAUGAGGCGCAAGCACCCAGAGGUACUCUCAGUUAGGAUUGAUGAUUUGGAUCACCUACCAGAAACAACCACCAUUGAUGCCUCUUCAAUUGGCAUAGUUCAGCCUGAACUUGCUCUGGAGCAGGGAGAAUUACCAGAAGGGAAACAUAUAAAAGUUGCCAAACGAAGUCACAAACGAAAGCAAAAACCAGAUGAAGAGGAGGAAGCACUGGUAUCUGAGGAUCCCACAUUCACUGAAUACACAGAAAAAGAAGCUGAAUUCACAGGGAAUGUGGGAGAUGAAACAAAUUCUGCUGUACAAAGCAUUCAGCAGGUGGUGGUGACCCUGGGUGAUCCAAACGUCACAACGCCAUCUAGUUCAGUCGGUUUGACCAACAUUACUGUUACCCCCAUCACUACUGCAGCUGGAACCCAGUUUACAAACCUUCAGCCAGUGGCUGUUGGCCAUCUUACUACCCCAGAACGCCAGUUACAACUUGACAACUCCAUUCUAACAGUGACAUUUGACACUGUCAGUGGGUCCGCCAUGUUGCACAACCGCCAAAAUGACAUUCAGCUUCAUUCUCAACCAGAAGCCUCAAAUCCACAGUCUGUUGCCCAUUUUAUCAAUCUAACCACCCUUGUUAAUUCCAUUACUCCCCUGGGGAACCAACUAAGUGAACAGCAUCCUCUAACCUGGAGGGCAGUGCCUCAGACUGAUGUUCUACAGCCCCAGCAACAGCAAGUACAGCCACAGACAGGACAGUCCCAAGUUCAGACUGAGCAACAACAGCAAAUGUACAGUUAUUAAGUUAUAUUACAAGAACUCUUAUGAGAACUGUAAGGAAUAAAAAACAUUUUGAAAACUUUGAGAUUUGUUGUUAUAUACCAAACAAAGAGUAAAAAACCCCCAACUAUUUCAUUGAUCACAAUGUAAAUAAAACCCAAACUGCAAAACUGUCUCUAAUCCCCCAUUAUCUAAGUGUUAAAUUCUGUCAACCUAAACUCGAGAGGUGGCCAACUUUUUGUUAAGUUCAGAUCACAAUACAGUAUAUAAAGUAAGGAAGUUACAAAUACUAAAUAUGCUUUAAACCUUUCUAUUUAAAAAAAAAAGAAACGUUAUUAAUUUUCUUGGGAUGGAGAAUGGGAAACUCAAGUGUCAAGAGAAGUAAGGUACUCAGACUAAAUGGCAUUUUGUUUUCUUUUUCAAAGUUGCCAGCUAACAAAACACAUAGCUAAAAAAUAGAAAAGGGGAUUUAAAUGUGAUAGAAAUUUGCUUUGCAGUUAUAAAACAAUCGUUAUGCCAGUUUCCUUAAUUUGGAAGCCAAUUAAGUAAACAAAACAUAACAUUGUCCUCUUUGAAUUUUCACCUAACUGAAUUUCUUGCAACCAUGUAGUAAAACCAAAUGUGAAAUAACAUAUUUAAUGACUUUUUUAAGCAAUGUUUUAAGCUGAAAGGUUAUCAUAGUGAACAAAUCUAUAAUGUGAAUUUUCUAAUUUACACAUCAAGAUAUCUUCAGUAACUUGGCAUUUUUAUUCUUUUUCCUUCUCUUUUUAUUCCUGGAAAGACACUGUAUAUUCAAGAGUCUGCUCUGGUCAGUGUUGUUUUUUUUAACCUUAUUUUGCACUGAAUAAUUAUCCAUAGCCCCAUUUAACACAGCUAUUCAGAUAUUUGGGGACAUUUCUGUGAUAUAAAAAAAGCAAAUCAAAAAUGCUGUCAUUUCUAGUGUCUACUUUGGAAAAAACCUCAGGAUCCUUUAAUAUCUAAAAGUCUAUCAUAUUAAGACUAAUUUCAAUAGAAGGGAAGAACAGUUAAAAUAGUCACAUUUUUAUUUAUACUUUAAUUUGAAAGUUUAAAUUUUUGUUAGCAAUUUUAUCAAUAUAAAAUUUUGACAGAUAUAUUAUGGAAUUAAAAUAUAUUGGUGAAAUUCAGACAGUAUAAUUUAAUGAAAGGCAAAAGAGGCUAGCUUUAGUAAUGAUUAAAGUUUAUAAUGAAAAUAUAAUUGGGGACUUAAUCAGUGUGCUUAUUUGUUCUUUCUUGCAAUACCAUAUAUAUGUGUGUGUGUGUCUGUGUGUCUGUGUACAGACACACAUACGCAUACACCCCUUAUAUAUCUGUGUGUAGAUGUGUACAUAUGUAGACCUAUGUAUACAUAUAGACACAGAGAGACAUGAAAUAAUGACCAAGGUUCAUUUAUUGUCCCCCUUGUUAUCACAUCAACCUCUGUAGCAAAGAGCAAAAACUUCUGGGGUUUUGUUUGUUUCUUAGGGCAACAGAGUAUUGAGUGGCCAGUUUCCCAAAAUAAAUGUUAUAAGGAAAACAUGUUUUCAAAUUUAUCUCUUCUGAAAUUUCUAAGCUCUGUUGGGAAGAAAAUUUAACUUGUAUUGCCUGUAACUAUUGUUUUUGAUUUAGAUGUUUAAGAGGUCUACCUUGAACAAACAGACUUUAGGUGAUUAGUGAAAAAAUAAAGACCUGUGUUAAUGUUUGUCUGGUCAGUGAGGCUUACUGUAAAAAUGCCGGUUCGUUGGCAUUUAAAUUUAACCAAAAUUGUACAAGUUUUCAGACAAAAUAUGAUUUCUUUUGUGGAUUGUACUUUUUUCAUGAAAUGGGAAUGGUUUUCCAACACAGAAUCAAAAAGUUGAAAGAGACCUUCAAAGGUUAAUUCCAUUCCUACACUAUAAUACCACCAAAAUCUACAUCACUUAAAUUAGAUUUUAAUAAUGGAAGUCUGUUAGGAUAAUUCGAACAAAAUCAAGGAUAUCAUGACAAUAACCUAAAACUAUAUGGGAAGAUUCAUAUUUAAAACAAUAUUUUUUAGUAUUGUAGCCCACUGGUUUCCAAACUUAGGACUAUGAAGUCCAGGCUUCCCAGAAAAAAAAAAAAAAGGCAAUAGCUGACAAUUUUGCUUUUCAAACAAUUUUUUCAUGUGUGUAUGUAUGUGUAUAAGUGUACAAACAUACAUAUUUUAUAACAAAACCAUCCAGUACUGCAAGCACAGGAACUUUUCAUUAAAUUAGGACUUUUGUGCAGUGUUUUAUUAUUUCUUCUUUAAAAAUACAAGGGGAAAGCACCAGCCCUGGAUUAAAGUACCUGAGUUCAAAUCCGGACUCAGAAACUUGACACUUACUAGCUGUAUGACCCCGGGCAAGUCAC